UGUCAUUUAAUCGCCACUGAAUUGCAUAUCAAUAUUGAUUGUGGUUUCGAAAUCACGGCUUAAUUCAAGUCCACAUUUAAUAUACGGCUCAUUGAAAGGCAACACAAACUGUGGAUACGAUGACACAAUUGGUCCACAAAUCGCUUAAUCUGUUUGUUUCGCCCGAAAAGUUUUACGUCAGACCCGUUGACAACGACAAUGAACUCCUUAUUAUCGACCGACAGACCACUCAAAUCACUUUAGAGGCCCCGAAAACACAGAUUACAGGCAUCGCUACAUCCAAACUAAUUCAUGGCAUUCUCGGUGUCGUUAGACUAUUGGCCGGUCCGUAUUUGAUUGUCAUAACGAAAGUGUCAAAAGUUGGCGAAAUUUACGGCCAAUCGGUGAUGAAGAUCGACGAGACAGAGAUCAUACCAUUCAGUCGGACGACACUCCACUUGACCGAAGACCAGAACCAAUACAACAAGAGUUAUCUAAAUAUGAUUAAAACUGUUUUGGAUUCGCCGUACUUUUAUCUCUCAUACACUUACGACUUGACUCACACUCUUCAAAGUCUUUAUAAUUGUGGUCCGGAUUUCAUGUCUAAAUCGCUGUUUGAAAGAGCCGACAAACGUUUUGUAUGGAACCACUGGUUACUGUCGGAACUGUCGGUUCGGUCCGAACUCAGCGCCUAUUGUAUUCCAGUAAUGCACGGAUUUGUGAACAUAAAUGCCGUUACAAUCAAUCGGAAGCUAUUCGUGUGGACUAUAAUUUCCAGACGCUGUGUAUACCGCGCGGGCACUCGAAUGUUCAUGAGAGGCAUCGACAGCGAUGGCCAUCCGUCCAACUAUGUCGAGACCGAACAGAUUGUCGAAUACGAGUCCUCCCAGAGUUCGUUCGUUCAGAUUAGAGGCUCAAUACCUCUUCAUUGGACACAAUUACCUGAUCUGCGAUACAAACCUCCGCCACAAUUGACUCAAUUCGCGAACCAAUUGCAGAGUUAUCACAAACAUAUCGACCAUUUAAUCAAUAAUUACGGGAAAAUAUGUUUAAUUAAUUUAGUCAAUCAUUCGGGACAAGAGUUGCCACUCGAGAGGGCUUUCAAAGAGGUCGUCAGACAAUCGAAUAGUCAAUUCGUGAGAUACGAGUCGUUUGACUUUCAUCACGAGUGCCGCAAAAUGCGUUGGGAUCGGCUCUCUAUCCUUAUGGACCGCAUUGACAACGAACUCAAAGAAUUCGGUUAUUUCCUGAUGUCUGCCGAUAGGUCUGCCCUCAGCCUACAAGAGGGCGUCUUUCGCACCAAUUGUAUCGAUAGCUUAGACCGAACUAAUGUCGCACAGGGUUUGAUCGCCAAACACUGUUUGGAGUCCGUUUUGAAGCGCUUCCAGAUUUUGAACAAUUCGGACACAUUGGAUGACUACCCGGGCUUUCACUAUCUCUAUAGAAAUGGUUGGGCCGACAACGCGGACAUCUGUAGCAUUCAGUACGCGGGCACCGGAGCUCUCAAAACGGACUUUACCCGAACGGGCAAAAGGAAUACUAUGGGUGCCAUCAAAGAUGGUAUCAAUUCAUUGGUUCGUUAUUACAAAAACAAUUUCGCCGACGGCUUCAGACAAGACGCUAUCGAUUUGUUUUUGGGUUAUUAUAAAGUGGACGAAAAUGAAGGCAAACUCGUUAAGUGUCCGCUA